AUGCUCUUCAGUCAUGGAGCUGCUCUCCUAAGCAUGAGGGGGAUCACGCUUUCUUCUCUCUGCUUACUGAUGCACCUGCUUCAGGAUGAGAUAGCUACAAUUUUAGUUUUGGAAAACCGAGACCUGCAAGAUUCAAUUAAGCCACAGAAGGUAGAGUUCCGUUCAUUAAACUUCAACAGCACUUUGCAUUGGCAGCCUGGGAGGGCCAGAGAGGCAAGGGACACAGUCUACUUUGUGCAGUAUAAAGUGUAUGGGCAGAGGACCUGGCAAAACAAAGACAGCUGCUGGGGGAUUCAAAACCAUGUCUGUGACCUAACAAAUGAGACCUCUGACAUCCAAGAGCCUUACUACGGCAGAGUGAGGGCCGCCUCAGCGGGCAUCUACUCCCACUGGAGCCUCAGCUGCAGAUUCACUCCCUGGAGAGAAACUGUGAUAGGACCUCCAAUGGUAACCGUGAUGCACAGCAACAAAUCCAUAAUACUAAAGCUUCAGGCUCCACGUUCUCCUUAUAAAAGGAGGAAAGGCAGCAAGAUACCCAUGACAAAUUAUUACGAUCUGCUAUAUCAAGUCUUUAUAAUUAACAACUUGCUAGACGAGCAACACAGAGUCCUGGUGUAUGAAGGAAAAGGCAAGGUUAUUAAAAUAGAAGAUUUGAGGCCCGGAGUCAGUUACUGCAUUGUGGCUAAAAUAUACGUGCCAAUGCUGGACCGCAGCAGUGCCUACAGCAGCAGGCAAUGCUUCAUGCUGGAGUGA